AUGAACAAUGGUUGUGCUCUUCAAGCAACAUUGGGUGAUGAUGAGAAUAAGGAUAAUCUUGAUGUUAAUUGUGUAGCAUUUUCUGCUAAUUGUGAUAAUUCUUUUCUUGCUAUUGAUUUUACCUAUAUCUCUCAUAUUAAUGAACAUUGUGCAACUUCUCUUAAUGAUUUGACUAACCCUUGCUCAAAUAUGUGUAGUGAGGAUGAAUCUAAUGACCAAGCCAAUUACCUUGCUCUUGGCAUUUCCUUUAAUAGUGAUGAUGAGUCCAAUGACUCCAUUUGUUCUAAUGAGAACACUAUUAAAGAAUGCAAUCUUCAAGAUUCCUUUAAUUGUUUGAUGGAAAAAUUUACGGUUUUAAGGAAAGAAAAUCUAAGGAGUCUUGAAGAUGUAAGGUCGUUGGAACUUGAAAAGAGUAAGUUGCUCAAUGACUUAGGUGAUUCACAUGCUAUUUAUAACACUUUGAAAUCAGAAAAUCAUGUGUUAAUCACCAAGGUCAAAUCCCUUGAGAAGGAGCUUGAUGAAUCAAGGAAUCACUUUAAAAAAAUUUCUAGUAAGAAACUCGAUGAUAUGUUGAAAAACCAGAAAAGUUCUUGUGAUAAAACUGGUUUGGGAUUUGAUAAAGUUGCUGCUUCUUCAAACCAUGCUUCUUCUUCCAAGAUAAUCUUUGUCAAAUCACAGAAUGUGGAAGAAACCAAUGGAGAAGAAAAGCCGGAGGUUGCUCCUUCCUCAAAUAAAAGAGGAAAGGAAGUCAAGGCUAAGAAGAAAGAAAAGGCCUCUCCGACUUCUAACGGGAAGAAAGGUAAGAAUGGUGAGGUUCAUCCUACAAAAUCUCCUUUACCCAAGAACAAGUUUAAUCAUGUUCAUCCUUCUCAAAGGGUUGCUCGAACUUGUCAUCAUUGUGGGAAGAUAGGUCACAUUCGACCUAAUUGUUUUAAGUUGAAACCUCAUGAACAUAAAAGAAAAACUUGCUACUUUAGGAAUGAUUUUAAAAGGAUUAAGUGCCAUGAUGAAGACAAUGAUGACAAGGUUGGACAAGCAUGA